ACUGAAGCCAUGAAGAGAGCUUUAGCCUUAAUAGAUUCAAAGAUGAAUCAGGCAAAAGGUUGGCUAAGAGAUCCAAAUGCACCUCCAGGGGAUGCUGGUGAACAGGCCAUAAGGCAGAUCCUUGAUGAAGCUGGCAAAGCAGGAGAGCUGUGUGCAGGCAAAGAGCGCAGAGAGAUCCUGGGCACGUGCAAAACCCUGGGGCAAAUGACUGAUCAGCUGGCUGACCUGCGGGCUAGAGGGCAGGGUGCUACACCCAUGGCGAUGCAGAAAGCCCAGCAGGUGUCCCAGGGGCUGGACUUGCUCACUGCCAAAGUGGAGAAUGCAGCCCGCAAGCUGGAGGCCAUGACCAACUCCAAGCAGGCAAUUGCUAAGAAGAUUGAUGCUGCUCAGAACUGGCUUGCAGAUCCUAAUGGGGGCAGUGAAGGAGAAGAGCAUAUUCGGGGAAUUAUGAAUGAAGCAAGGAAAGUUGCAGAGCUAUGUGAGGAGCCUAAAGAAAGAGAUGAUAUCCUUCGUUCCUUGGGGGAAAUCUCUGCUUUGACAGCCAAGCUGUCAGAUCUGCGGCGACAUGGGAAAGGUGACUCUCCUGAGGCCCGUGCUUUGGCUAAGCAAAUAGCUACAUCACUUCAGAAUUUACAGUCCAAAACAAACAGGGCUGUAGCAAAUACGAGGCCAGUUAAAGCAGCUGUCCAUUUGGAGGGCAAGAUUGAACAAGCUCAAAGGUGGAUAGACAAUCCUACAGUUGCUGAUCGGGGAGUAGGCCAGGCUGCCAUCCGCGGGCUGGUUGCCGAAGGCCGGCGCUUGGCCAACGUCAUGAUGGGCCCGUACCGGCAGGACCUGCUGGCCAAGUGUGACCGUGUGGACCAGCUCUCUGCCCAGCUGGCUGAGCUGGCUGCUCGAGGGGAGGGCGAGUCCCCCCAGGCCAGGGCCAUUGCUGCUCAGCUCCAGGACUCGCUGAAGGAUCUUAAAUCACGGAUGCAAGAAGCGAUGACCCAGGAAGUUUCUGAUGUUUUCAGUGACACCACAACUCCUAUUAAAUUGUUAGCAGUAGCAGCCACUGCUCCCUCUGAUGCUCCCAACAGAGAUGAGGUGUUUGAUGAAAGAGCAGCAAACUUUGAAAACCAUGCUGCUAGACUGGGAGCUACAGCAGAAAAAGCAGCUGCAGUUGGAACUGCCAAUAAAACUACCGUGGAGGGCAUUCAGGCAACAGUGAAAUCAGCAAGGGAACUCACCCCACAGGUAGUAUCAGCAGCUCGUAUCCUCCUGAGAAAUCCUGGAAAUCAAGCUGCUUAUGAACAUUUUGAGACCAUGAAAAACCAAUGGAUUGAUAAUGUAGAAAAAAUGACAGGGUUGGUGGAUGAAGCCAUUGAUACUAAAUCUCUGUUGGAUGCAUCAGAAGAGGCCAUUAAGAAGGACCUGGAUAAAUGUAAAGUUGCAAUGGCCAACAUGCAACCUCAGAUGCUGGUAGCUGGUGCCACCAGCAUUGCCAGACGAGCAAACCGCAUCCUGCUGGUGGCAAAACGAGAGGUGGAAAAUUCUGAAGACCCUAAAUUUCGGGAGGCUGUUAAAGCAGCCUCUGAUGAACUCAGCAAAACUAUAUCACCCAUGGUAAUGGAUGCUAAAGCUGUGGCAGGCAACAUUUCUGAUCCUGGUUUGCAGAAGAGUUUCUUGGAUUCUGGAUACAAAAUUCUGGGAGCUGUGGCCAAAGUCAGAGAAGCCUUCCAGCCUCAGGAACCAGAUUUUCCUCCUCCUCCUCCUGACCUUGAGCACCUUCAUCUGACUGACGAGCUCGCUCCUCCGAAACCACCGCUGCCAGAGGGUGAGGUUCCCCCGCCCAGACCACCACCACCUGAAGAAAAGGAUGAAGAGUUCCCAGAGCAAAAGGCAGGAGAAGCAAUUAAUCAGCCCAUGAUGAUGGCUGCUAGACAGCUGCAUGAUGAAGCCCGGAAAUGGUCUAGCAAGGGCAACGACAUCAUCGCGGCGGCGAAGCGCAUGGCGCUGCUCAUGGCCGAGAUGUCGCGCCUGGUGCGGGGCGGCAGCGGCAACAAGCGCGCGCUCAUCCAGUGCGCCAAGGACAUCGCCAAGGCGUCCGACGAGGUCACCCGGCUCGCCAAGGAGGUGGCCAAGCAGUGCACAGACAAGCGCAUCAGGACAAACCUCCUGCAGGUCUGUGAGCGAAUCCCAACGAUCAGUACACAGCUGAAAAUCCUCUCCACUGUCAAAGCUACCAUGCUGGGCAGAACUAAUAUCAGUGAUGAAGAGUCGGAACAGGCAACUGAGAUGUUGGUUCAUAAUGCCCAGAAUCUGAUGCAGUCUGUGAAGGAAACUGUGAGAGAAGCUGAAGCAGCAUCCAUUAAGAUAAGAACAGAUGCUGGAUUCACCCUUCGCUGGGUCAGAAAGACCCCAUGGUAUCAGUAAAUACUUGCCACGUUAGUAUUGUUUUCUGUAACUUAAAAUGCCUUUUUUUGGAAACAGAAGAGAUAUAUUAACAGCAAAAGGUGCUGUAUACAUGAGCUUAAGAUUAGCUUAUGCUAAUACCCCAUUCUAAGGGUAUGAAUUAUAAGAUAAUGCAUUUCAAAUGUCUUUGGAACACAUUUGAUAUCCAACACCUCCAAUUUGCUGCCAACAGUAGACAGCUGUUAUAUAUUUUUUUUCUUUUCAAGAUUCUCUUAGUGAAUUCUGUAUUCCCAGAAGCACAUUUCAUUUAUGCACUGCAUAGUCCAGUAGUUUCCAUGUGAUGAUGUAAGACAUGGACCUCACUUUCAGCUUGUCUUGAGAGUUUAGAACACUUGGUUACUUAGCAGUUUUUUAGGGACAGUCAUGGAUACAGAAACUUCCAACUUCUCAAUAGGAUUUCAUCUGGCUAUUCAAAAACCAUGCAGAAAUUAUGGAAGGUAUGAAGUUUUUCAUUAAAAGAGGGAAGGUGGGGCAGCAGAACAGUUGUAUACUGAGGAUUAAAACUCCUUGUCUGAAAUGCUAUUUUUUUUGCUUUUGAUUCUUGCCUGGCAACAGUACUUUAACAGAAACAGGAGAUGUCUCUGUCCCCCUCCUGUCACCCUAGGUGAGCAUUCCAGAAUUCUCGUACUGUACUGAAAGGUUUUGCAGAUGAUGUUAGUGGCACACUGUUGACAGCUUGAGCCUUAUGGCUGGAGAUCUUAAAUCAUGGAACUCUUCCCUUGCUCAAUUCAGCAAUGUAUUGAGCUGAAAAUUCAAUCCUGGUUCUCUUAAUUUAGCUGCAUGUCCAGGACCAGAAAAUGCCACAUGCUGGCUCUUUCUUUUUGAAAACCAAAUGAGCACAUACAAUUAUUCUUAUUUCCCUCUUCCCUCCAUUGAAUGUUAUUUCUAGCUGCUCAAGGUGAAAAUUUAAAAGAUAAAGAUAUUCAGUUUAAAAAUACCUUUAGCCUCACUGCUCUUCUUUCUAACAAUGCAUAAGCUUUUUGAAACCUGAGCCCUGCAGGGACAUGAAACCCUCUUUAGGUAAGCUGGUGGCUACCAGUGGUUCCCAAUGCUGCACAUACCUCAUUAUUUUUACUGCAUGUGGAGUUUGGAGUCUCAAAAUAUUUUUUUUCAAAUGAAUUGAAGAAAGUGUUACUGUAUCUUUAAAAAAAAUCCCAAACAGAAUAACAAUAAAACCCCCACACUCCCUCCCCUUACUAAAAUAGACUUGUGAUGUUUUAUCCUUCCAUAAUUGAAUAUGUCUUCAUAUAUAUAUAUAUAUAUUCAUAUAUGUUCAUAUAAUUGCCCCAUAGAAAACUUGUUUGCGAAUGAGUUUCUACAUUUGCAAGGAAUACUUGCAGACCUUUGCCCAAAUCAGCACUGACCUCAUAAUACCCUCCUAAUUUGCUGAGAAUUGUUGCAUGAUCAAACCAGCUUGAAUAGAAGUGUCCUUGGGGAAAAACUUCUCAGUCUUAACAGCUCAAAGGAAGAGACACAGCACAGUCAGCUGUCCUUUAUCUGCCUGCAACAGUUAUCUGUGCUUGGACCUUCUCCCCUCCACCCCCUUCAUUGCACUGUUACCUAAAAAGGGAAAUUAAACUGUUGAUAAUACAACUGUCUCAAACUGACCUCAGCAAGAGAAGGCGUGUGUUCGUCUUGAAUUUGCUCCUUGUGUCUGGGUAUUAUGAAAUAUUUGGUACUUAGGAUCUUUCCUUAGUAUUCUCUUCUUGCAAUUACCUACAACAGGAAGAGGAAGGAAGGGGUGCCAGAGCCUUAACCUGGAUGCAUUUGGUUGGUUUCUAUCAGAUCUUUAACAUAAUUUUAAUUUAGUAAUUUCUAUUUAAUAGUACAUAACACUGAAUAUGUAGGGAUUAUUUUAAAGGGAUUUUCUAAAUAGUCUUCCUGUAUUGCUUUUCAAUGCUCCUCACAUCCCCUCAUCCUGAUCCCACCAUCCAGGCUUCUCUGAGAUUUUUUUUUUUUCUAAUUAUUAUUUUAGCAUCACUGUUUAGUUGCUUGAAUGAUAUUAAUGCAAUAUUACUAAUGCCUUUAAUACAUAAUUGUUUAUGCCAAAGAUCACUUUUUGUUUAUUGAGGAAUGUUUGCAAGAGAGUUAUGAAUCAUGGUUGCCUUUGAUAUUCUUCCAGAAUGUUUGCUCUAAGUUCUCGAGCUCUUUGUAGAAGCCGAGAUACUUGUCCACCUUAUGCAAUUACUGCAUUUUUGAACACUAUUCGUCUCAAGUGCAGCAAAACUUUGAACAAGACCAUGAAUGUCACUUACAAAUGUUUUACCACUAUAAAACUUUGUUUAUAAACCAAAAUGUAUUGUAUAGUCUAAUGUUCUCAACUUUUCUUUGGUUCUGUUAAAACAAUAAAAAUGCAUUUGUACAAAUAUCAGCUUCUGAGUGUUAAUGGUAACAACAGUGGAUGAUGCUGUAACAAGAAGAGCAGCAAAAAGCUAAAGUAAAAAUAGUUAUUUCUACAUGUUCUGAACUGAAAGAAAGUGCAGAGUUUUUUGAACAAAAGAUUAAACAAAGGGUUUUUUGUCUUUUGUGCCUGUCAAACUAGUAAUUAAAGAAUUUACUGGAAGCUGUGUUCAGUGUGAGAGAACAAGAGAUUUUCCUGAAGCCUGACCGUGAUCAUCUGUAUUGUGAAAACUUGAAAUGGGGUUGGCCUGGUUCUGUCAGUAAGGGAAGAACUGCUCCUCUGACCAGCAUCUUGUUAAUGUGAAUUUUACCUCUUAAAUUGAAUGCAAGGGUGAUUAGUAUGAAACCACUGUUGUACUUCCUUCACUCUAUCACUGUAAGAAUGUCUUAAACACAUUUUUUCUUGCUAAAAAUUUCUACCAGCACACAGUAUUCUGACCUGGUGGAACCAAUGUUUAUUGGUACUGUAGGAUCAAACAUAGCCCCAUAGUGCCAGAGGGCACCUGGUAUUUAGUAGUAAUUGAUAAAAUUCAGAGUUUUGUACUGUUCACACAGUUCUUUCCAUAUGUGAAACAAGAUGAGACCCUGACAGACAACCACCUUUGUCAGCACUCCCAAAGCUGGACAUGAGGAGAAGGGAAGAUCAAAACUUGGCAGUGUAAUCUCUUGCUAAUGAUAUCCUGAUUACCUAAACUCUUCAGAGAGGUGCUGGUACUUUUUUUUAAUAACAGAACAUGAACAUAGACCCUCUUCUGUGGCUGAGCUUCCUCUUUGGAGAUACAGAAAGAACCAGCACAACUACAAGAAAAGGUAGUGGACUCACACACCAGCAGCCAUUUCCUUGACAAAACACUUCUCUGUGCCCAGACUGGUUUCCUACUGGUGAGUGCAGCUCUUGCUGACAGUGAGUUGUAGUGAUGAGCUGGGCUUUCCCCUGCCAACAGCUUUUGUGCAAGCUCCCUGGUGCCCCAGGUCCUGGAUCAGGCAGGUUUAUUCAGUCACACGCGGGAGGCAGCGCUGAGGUUGGACUGGAACUCUGACACUUCUUCAUGUCCUAGCUCAGGAAGGGUGUCAGCUCUGAAAGGCCAUGGGGCAGCAUUUCCAGGCUGCUAAUGCAGCUUCAGCUUGGGAUGUUACCAGUUACCUCUGAAGACAAGAUUUCUUCUACAAUUAUCUGAAGGAUGCCAUUUGCCCAAACAGAGAGCAGAACUGUAGGAUGAGUGUUGAAUUGAUGGAUCAAUUGAAAAAGGCAGACUAGGAUGUUGGUAGCUUUUAAUAACCAGGGUUGUGUCUACACAAAUGGAAGAACUUAUUAGAUCUUACUAGAUGCUGGUUCUUCAUAGUGCUGUUUUAUCUACUGUAAUUUUAGAAUUUCAAAUGGUUGUUUAUGGCCAAGUUUACCCUAAUGACAUUACUGAAGUUACAAAUAGCGACUGUAUGCUCAUUUCUUUCCUUACUGACUUGCUGCCAGGGUUCAGAUGGACUUCCCCUCCUCUUUCCAGACCGGAUCAUUUUUUGUCCCAGUAUUUGAAAUUUUGACUACUAGAAGACUUUUUGGUUCCUACUCUUCAUCUGAAGCAAAGCUAGUACCUACUCAUUGAUUUGUAACAGGUUAGAGAAACUGAGGGUCUCCAGUAUUCCACCCUUAAUUAAUACUGACCAAAUGCAUGGCUUGGAACAUGAUAGCUACUCUGGAGUAUGCAUUGGUUUAGAGGGAUGCUUUUUGUUGGCAUAUAACAAGAAGUUCAGCUUUGCUCUGACUGUCAAGUCUUUGAAAUAUCACAAAUAAAUUACCUCCAUUUAAAAAUAAGAAAUAUGAAAGGGACCAUACCUGUUGUGCUCCUAAUAGCCUUUUAAAACUCUAAGCAGCUGCACAGUGAUCAAGUUCAGUAAAGACGUAGCAAAUAGUCAUUGUUUAAUAGUGUAUCAGAUACUUCCUGCUUAAGAGCAUCAUGAAUCGUUUACAAGAGCAUGAACAUUUCAUAAGGUGAGACAUACUUGCAGCAGAGUUCCCUUUAUUUCAGAACAUUAAAGCACACAACCAUUAAAUACACUUGACACUUCUAUUGUGCUAUCUAAAAAGCUACGCUUGAAGGUACACACUGCACAGAUCUGGUGGCAUCCACUUCAAACAAGUGGAACAUCUAAAUCAAAGCAAAGGCUUCACAUAAAAAAUAGAUCUUACUCUCUGCAACUGUAUUCUUAAAAAAAAUGAUGGGGAUGAUGAGAUUGAAUGGAAAGAAAGUGGAUUACUGAAGCAACAAUCACCUCCCAGAUUUAAUGCAGGAUGUUAUUUUUAUCAGCUCAUCUGCAGAUGGCAGAAAUGAAAGCUGAUUAAGGCAAAUGCUUCUUAAGAAAGGCGAUUUCUUGUAAACAACACAGAAAUUAUUUUUUACUUCAUCAGAAGCUUUUUCAGGAGUGACACUUGUGAUGUCCCAGGCCCUGGAGGGACCCCUGCCCCCUCACUGCUGCUCUCUGUUUCUGAAGGGCUUAUGUGCUGCUUGGUGGAAUGCCAGCUUGCAGCUGGCUGUGGGUGGAACUGAGCUUUCUUUGCAGGCAGCUCCAGCAGCAAAACAGGCCACCAGAAGACUUUUCCAGGCCUGUCUGGCCUUCAGAAUGUGCUUGACCUCAGGGCUUUGGUAUCUGACUGGCAGUGUAGUGUUUGCAACAUUUUGUGGGUUGCUCAUAUCAAACUAUUCACCAGCACAACAAUUCAGUAAAAAAAGAGUGAAAGAAUAAUAGAAAAAAAA